AUGGAAAGAGUGAUGAGCAUGUGCAGCACUAGCAGUUUGGUGCACUGGCUAGCCAGCCUGACCCUGACCUUGACCCUGCUAGGGAGUGUCCAUCCCAUGCCUGUGACCGUAGACCCGGUGUGCACGGCGGACGCCACUGCCAAGUACAGCCUGACAUUUUCAGGAAAGUGGAGCCAGACCGUCUUCCCCAAGCAGCACCCCAUCUAUCGCACCCCUGCCCAGUGGUCCCCACUCAUUGGUAAGUCAAAUACUCUUAUUAGCUUGUGCUCCUGCAGAGGUGAUGUAACUCCCCUUGUGUUCCUAUACUGUAAUAGAUUCCUAUAGUCAUGAAUAAAACAUGGUAUGACAAAAAACUAUACACUCUUAGAAAAAUGGUUCCAAAAGGUCCCCAUAGGAGAACCCUUUUUGCUUCCAGUUAGAACACUUUAGGGUUCAUGUAGAAGAAAGGGUUCUACAUGGAACCCAAAAGGGAUCUACCUUCAACCAAAAAGUGUUCUUCAAAGGGUUAUCCUAUGGGGACAGCCAAAGUACCCUUUAAGGUUCUAAAUAGCACCUUUUUGUCUAAAAGUGUAGACAUCUGGUAAAUGUAUGGUGGUAGACGUACACCUGGUUAAUGUAUGGUAGGAGACAUACAUUGCAGAUUUCCCCUUUCCCCUACAAUUUAAAACCCUUUGAGCACAUGGAAAAGUGCUAUAUGAAUCCAAUUAAUUGCCAUUACUAUUAGGUUACAGUGUGCCUGACACGUAGACCCAUCAAAAAUACUGUACAUUCUGAGCAGCCAAUUAAGAGCUAGACAAACAUGAGGAAAGAAUGUAAUAUAUUGCAAUGUGUGAUUCCUCCAUUCCAGGGGUGACCCACAGUUCAGACUAUCAUCUGGCAGCGAAAUGA